GAUAUGACAAAUAUGGAGAGGUGGGGGCGCAGGCCGGGUUUGUGCUUUUUGACUCGGUUUGUAGAAAUGGUCUGGAACCAUUUUACAGAAGCCGAUCAGCUGCGCUCGCGCGCUACGCUCCUGUCACGUGUUUCCAGGGGAUCGCAAAGGAGACGGACUUGUAAACAGUACGAGCGUGUCUCGCUGCCCGGCUGCGAGCUAGCUGCAGCGUAGCCGCUUGCUAGCCUUGCUCUCCGCGAGAGUUAGCAUGUGUUCAGGAAAUGUGCCGACAAAAACAGGACACACAGUAAAGGCUCUGCUUCCUGAAUUAGUUUAAGGUGGGAGGCUUGGCUCUGGUGGAGAUAUGAGAUUACUCUUUCUUGCCCCUCUCGCCCCAAAAACGGGGAACCACACUACAGCUGAGAGAAUAAGGGUCCACAUUGAAUCAGCAGGACACACUUGUGAACUCAGAGAUGCUGCAGAAUUCCAGUCUCCUGCUGAGGUGACAAACCUAAUAUCCCAAAAGCCUGCGUUUGAUGGAGCGCUGGCUAUUCAUCUGUUCAAAGCAGGCAGACAUCUACUUGAUAUCCCGGUGCCAUUUGGUGUCAUCUUUGGAGGAACAGACAUAAAUGAAGAUGUGAAAGUUGAGAAAAAGCGCGUGGUUAUGCAGCAGGUGCUACUGAAAGCCAGGUUUGCCGUUGCAUUUACCAACAAACUCAAAGAAGAGGCUGAGUUAUUUUUGCUGCCACAGAGAAAUAAAAUCUUUGUCCAGCCUCAAGGUAUCAAGACGGAAGUGACUAAAAAUUUCUGCUGGACUGAAUUCUUGAGGAGCUCAGGUGUACGUGGCGACCACGUGGACGAGGCGCGUGUCUUCCUGUUGGUCUGUGGCCUCAGGCGAGUCAAGGACCCUGUCUAUCUGGUGGAGGCUUUUUCAGGGUGGCAUCAUGAGGAUCCACUGAAUGUAUUGGUCAUUAUCGGGCCCAAGAGUUCUGGACAUGUGCUGAUGGAUCCUGUGCUCACGCUGGAGGUGGAAGCUCUCGUUAAGAGAACAGCAGGGGUCUUCUUGACCCAGGAGAGAAGCCAACAGGAGCUUCACGCUGCCAUGAAAAGGUGCUUCGCUGUGGUCAACAGCUCCAUCUCAGAGGGCAUGUCAGCAGCCAUCUUGGAGGCCAUGGAUCUCGAGGUACCCGUCUUGGCCAGGGACAUUCCAGGAAAUGCAGCCGUGGUGCAGCAUGGGUUCACUGGCCUGCUGUACUCCUCUCCUCAGGAAUUUGUGCAUCAAUCUCAGAGGCUGUUGUCAGAUCCUGAGCUGAGAGAGAGAGUGGUGAGAAAUGGGAAGCUGUACGUGGAAGCACAUCACAGCUCGGAACAUGAGAGGGAAACCUACAGGCAGCUGGUGGACACUCUGCGAUGACAUGAGGUCAGAGGAGUCGACCCCCGCUAGACGUCAGGAGCUGCAGUGCCUUAAUGUGCCUUGCCCAGUAGAGAUCAUUAAAAGGGAAUCCCGAAAUACCGAAGAGCACUUUAACCAAAGACGCAGAGGAAGAUUGUCUUCUUAAUGUAUUUUAUUUUACGGUAUUUAAAAUUCUGUAUUGUUAUUGAAGGUUUGAUAUCGAGUAAGUUUGGG